UGUGAUCGUAGGUGGACACGGUUAAUAAUGGAUCGACAUACACCUGUCUCUCUAAAAGCUUCUCUUUGAUCACUCCUUUCUCUAAAGCAACAUCCUUUUAAUCCACACACCGAUUACCCGGCAUCCUUUUGAAGAUCCAACACCUUCCUUCCAUACCCAAAAGUUGAAUGGAGGAAGACAGUGAGUUUCGGAAUUGGGAUGAGCUCAUACCCGAUGCACUUGGGCUUAUAUUUAAGAAUCUAACACUGGAAGAGACCCUGACUGUAAUCCCAAGGGUCUGCAAGUCCUGGGGAAGAGUAGUUGCUGGUCCUUAUUGCUGGCAGGAGAUUAACAUUGUGCAAUGGAGCAAAUUCCGGUCGCCUCAGAUUGUAGACCGAAUGCUUCAGAUGCUUAUCGCCAGGAGCUCAGGUUCGCCCAGCAAGCUCUGCGUUUCUGGGGCUCUCGAUGACCAGAGUCUUUUGUUUAUCGCAGACCAUGCCAAAUCUCUUCAGACGUUGAAGCUGCCAAGAUGUGCAGUAAGUGAUUUGAUAGUGGAACAGGUUGCCACGAAGCUUUCUACCAUAACUUCCUUGGAUUUAAGCUACUGCAAAACUAUUGGAGCCCCUGCACUUGACGCAAUUGGAAAGCACUGUAAACAUCUCACAAAGUUGCAGAGAUGCAUGUAUGGAUGGGAACUUGACAAGGACUCUCAAGACAAGGAGGGUUUUGCAAUAGCAGCCACGAUGCCAAAACUCAAGCACCUUGAUUUACGCUUUAUGCGUAUUAGUACAGAACCUGUGCUUCAGAUACUAUUGAACUGUCCUGAGCUCCAUUUGUUAAACGUGCUAGGGUGCUACAGUGUAAAAAUUGACGAAAAGUUUGUCAAGAAGUUCCCAGGGCUGAAUGUGGUUGGACCAGGUUCAGGCAAUGAGAGCUGGGAUGAUUGCUCCACUUUCUCAGUUUCUUCCAGCUACUUAGAUUGGGACUUGAUGGGCUGUGUAAUCAACAAUGAUGAUUUUGAGGUAGAGUAUGAUUAUUUUGAUGAAGAUGCGGCCUGGGAAGACGAUCAAAGUAUGGCGGAUGUAGAAUUUAGCUUCUAUGAUGGUUUUUAUCUUGAUAAUGCUGGGUUUGAUUGGCCCCCAACUCCUUGAAUUUCGUUGCAGGUGCAGGUUAGAGGUUCACCUUCUUGGUACCCUGGUGCAAGAUGUUGCUUUACCUACAAUAUUAGGACUCACUAAUAAUCCUUAUGAUGUGUAUGUUUCUGUAUUAUCAAAUACUCUGUUUGUAUAUAUACAUGCAUGAAUGCAAGUGAAAACUUUGAGGCUUUGUAUCCAUUUCUUAUAUAAAAUGGGGUUCAUCCCAUCAAUAAAUUACCUGAUAAACUAGCA